UUUUGUUUUUUUUGCUUUUAACUAGACUUUUGCUUUCAGUGCUGGGGCUGGAACCCAAAGUCCCAGGCAUGCCAGGCAGAUGCUGAACCGUCCCCACAUCUGUUACACAUUCUUUAGGAAUACUGGCAAUUGGUGGUAGAUAAUCUGAUCAAUGUAACAUGUAUGAAAUUGUCAAAGAAUAAGUAAAAGAGAAACAGAACCCUGACAAACCUAAGCCCAUUUUUACUGCAAGCUCAUGCCUACAUUUCAUGUUCUCGUUAAAGUCUAAUUUAGAAAAGGGAAUACAUAUUCACUAGUGUGUUUAUCAAAAUAAACACAAAAGUAUACAUACAAUUACAUAUUGUUUAGCUAAAUUGAGAUCUAGGUAUCGAUACAGAUUCCAUUAUUUAUCACAUCUAUUUACCACUUGAAAAAGAGGGAGUCAAAGUUGCAUAAACAACUCAGUAACGUGCUUUCUGUGUAAGCAGGAAGAUCUGAGUUUGAUCCACACUCAUGCAAAAGCUCAGACAUGGUAGCAUGCGCUUGUAAUCCAGUACUAGCGAGGCAGAGACAGAUGCAUCCCUGGGGACGCUUGGGCAGCCAGCCUAGCCUAAGCAGUGGGCUCCUAGGUCCCACUGAGAGAAUCUGUCUCAAAGAAAACAAGGUGAACAGCUCCUGAGAAAUGGCACUCAGGGUCAACCUCUGCUCUACACACACACAUGCAUACAUGUACACCAAUAGACACACCAAGCAACACACACACACACACACACACACACACACCAAACUGAGCAGUCUUUUGAUUUUUAAACAUUUCUUGAAAUAGAAGAUCAUUUCAAAGAGGAAAAACAGAUCAGCCUGAUGUGGUGCACAGCUUUAAUCCUAGCACUUGGGAGACAGAGGCAGGUAGCUUGAGUUCAAGGCCAGCAUAGCCAGGGCUACAUGGAGAAAGCUUUUCUCAAACAACAACAACAAUAACAUCAUCAUCAUCAUCAUCAAAGGACAGAUGUGUGUCCAUGAAUUCUUAUUUAAAUUUAGGGUCUAGAAAAUGAAACAGUCUAUCAGCCGGGUCUCAGACUUUUGAUACCUUCCCUUCCUUGUUUUUUCACAGUUGGAUCAGGGCUGAAGGGGUUAAUCAACAGUUAGUGUCCAUUAUGGGAUAACUUACAUUUCCUUAGAAUUUAAAUAUUGAAGUCCUAAAGGAGCAUCCUAAUGAAAUGUCAAUGCUUAGAAGGUAGCUGUAUUUAGAGUUGGGGUCUUUAAAGGAGACAACUAAAUCCAAAUGCAGUCAUCAGAGAGCCUCUAACCCAAUACAUUUGGUUUGUAUGAGGAAAUUAGAAUACAGAGGCUCAGAGAGAUCAUGUGCUAUCACAGGACAAGACCUUCUGCAGAAGACCCAAGAAGAAGUCAACCCUGGACACCUUGACCUUGGAUGUUCACCCUCCAGAAAUAUGAGAAAAUGCCAUUCUGUUGGUUUAGCCUCUUUGUCUGUUGGCACCGUUAUGAUGUCCUCGGCACAUUAAUACAGCAUCCAACACAGAAUAUACUUGAUGGGUACUUGUUGAAGAGAAUUUGUAAAUGCUACAUUUUAUCCAGCUACUAAGUCUCCCAAAGCUGAGAAAAGAUACAGAAUAGCCAAGUGCCCUCUACUUCCCUGACACAUUGUAAAGCCUCAGCAUGCAGCUAUGUUCUGGCCUUCAGUUGUGUGCCCCUUGCUCCCUCUCUGACUGAAUCAUGAAGCAUUUGUUUAUGCAUCUUUCUGGCCUGAGGUUUUAGCAAUAUGCUAUUUUUACAGUCUGGUAGUACACUAUUUAAAAAGGCAUGAGCUGCUUUUAUUCCCAGUACUCUGUUUUUAUCCAAGGAAGCUUUAAGUUCUAACUCAUCCCACACCAAAUACAGUAGUUAAUUUCAAAGUUAUUACUUAUUGUAGAUAUUAUGUAUUCAUUCUUUGAGUGAUGGACACUCAGAUUGUUUACAACUUUAUCUUACGACUCUCAGUGACUCUGUUAGAGCAUCUGUGUGCAUGCUUCAUAAACAUGUGAGAGUUUUUUAGAGCAUGAAAUUUCUCUCAUGGCCACACACAGGGGACACUGGGAAAGCUGACAACUGAAGCAGCUCAGAGGCAAUGGGGGCCCAGUGGCCCUGCAUGGCCACUUCUGGGUUAAAAGUGUGGGAAUGAUGCUCUACUGUACAAGAAUACCAAGGGGCAGGAAAUUUGAACCCACAAGCAUAAGGGUUUUAUGUUUCACUAGCUUUUAAAGAUAAUUCCACAUUUCUAUUAAAAAAAAAGGCUCUUUGAUUCUUGCGUUGGUAACCUGUGAAUUCUUGUCUCACACUGUCUCCAACACUUGGUAUUGUCAGACAUUUUAAGCUUGUCAAAGUAGGUAUUUUCUUUUUCAAAAAGUCAUAUCUGUCUGAAUACAAAUAACUAAAAGGACUCUCUCCACUCAUUUCUUACAAUUGUAAUCUGACAAGGCACCAUUUCAAGGACAAUCAUUGUUCUACUCCUCGUCUCUUGUUCAGUUUGUUUUAUUUUUUGAGACAGGGUUUCUCUCUGUAACAGAGCCCUUGCUGUCCUGGAACUCACUCUGUAGACCCCGCUGGCCUCAAACUCAGAGAUCUGCCUGUCUCUGCCUCCUGAGUGCUGGGAUUAAAGGUGUGUGACACCACUGCUGGCUUGUUCUUUUUAAGAUACAGAAAGUUGAAAAAAUAUGACAUACUAUAUUACAGUCCAGGUAAGGAAAUAGAAUCCAAGCAACAUGGGUGAUGGUGAUUUUUCAGAUACCAGUAACUUGCUAGAUUUGUGGGUAAAUUUUAUUUUCUUUGAUGAGUCAGUUUUCUAUAAUAUAUGAACUUUUUUGCUGAUAAAACAGGAUUGUAUAUAACAUUAGAUCUCAUUUGUGUGUAGUUAAUAUCCCACUGACUCGUUUAAUAUAAAGCUUUAAGGCUUCUGUCAAAACAUAUGCACACCAGUAACUCCAGCACUGCAGACACUGAGGGGUCACGCGUUCAAAGUCAGCCCGUGUUACAUUGCAAAGCCUUAUUCAAACAAAAAGGAAGAAGAAAGAAAGUCUCAAAACCUGUACUGUGCCCAAUGGGAAGUUUUAUUUACUGGUUUAUUUAUUGACUGGAAAACUGAAAAGAACACAUUUUCACAAUUUUAGAAGUGACAAAUACCUGUAUUUCAAGUGACUUCUAGUCUUCCUCAAGGGAUUUGGAAACUUCGCAUAAUUUGCAUAACCCGAUUAAGUUCUUCUAUUCUAUUUAACCGCAUAUUUCUUACAGUAUGUUGAAAAAACUAGUAUUUAGUGGUGCUGUGUUGAUUUUAAAUUAAUUUUUUAAAUUAGCAUUCUCAAUGAGUCUCAUAAUGGCAUUUAUACACAUGACAAUAAUAUCUCAUUCUAAUGUGUUUCCUUUUUUUCCUGCCUCCAGCCCCUCUACCCCUAACCCCGCGGUUCCUAAAGCUCCCUGGUCCCCUUCCUCUACUAAAUAGUCUGUCUGUUUUGUGCUCCUUGUAUUCAUUCCCUUGUAUUCCAAUACUAUGUCUAUCCGGGUCUCCCUCUCUUAAAAUCUCCUUCUCACCUCUGGUGAUCCUUUGCAGUUUCACAUCUCACACACGUCAUUAUUUUGGUGUAAAUAUUUGAAGCACUAAUAGCCAAUGAUUUGUUGCAGUUAUUUGUCUUCCUGGUUGUACAGUUCUCUAUUGUAAGAAGGUGAGGAACAAAACACCUUGAUCCGAAGUGUGAUAAUAGUGUGUCAUCUGUUGAAUUUUUUGGAAACUGAAGCUUUAAGAUCCAGUUGAUUGCUAAUUGUUCUUGCUUCUUAGAUUAAAAAUGUGUUUACCUUUAAAUUCUCAAGUUGGUUUUGUUCCGGCCCCAAUGAAUUAACUGUCCCCGCCCAUUGCAGGGGCCCUGGAAACCCGGCGUCCCUGAAAGCCAACCAAAUUCAGUACUUUGGGCGCCGCGAGCUCGCAGUCCCAGCGGUCCUGAGUAGGGGGCGGGUGGAAGCUCCGCGCCUUCCUGGGGUCUCUAAGGUCUACAACAUCUCUAAAUAGCGUUCCCAUUGUUUCUUCAUUCAACAAACGUGAUGAAUUUCAGCUCCCCUUCUCUCUUUAGGAAACCCAGUUGAGUCUCAUUCUAUGACCUACCAAAUACAAAAUGCCGUCUCUUGAUGCUACUUUGUUUGGAUACUUUAGAAAACCGGGGCUGCCUCUGUAACCUAGCCUGGGCUAUCAGAGAACUUGCUAUGCAGUACAGACCUGGGACCCCGCUGCCCCAGCCUGCCCAGUGCUACGAUGACGUGCGAGGGCUUCAGAAAAGAUGCUCAGCAAACAGUGUCCGAGAGAGCUGUAUCCCGCGGUGCGCCAAGCGCUUCCCUACUCAGGACCAGAAGCCAGCACAGCGCGGGUUCGGGGAAACAGGCUGCCUUCCACUCCCUACCGAGAAGCGUCGGGAAUGGCACCGUCGCUUAGCUGCUGAGUCUGAGUCCCGGACUCCACGGAGGAACUACAAUUCCCAGUAUCGGAGCUACCCGGACUCCCGGAAGCCGAGGCUUUGGCGACCGGAAGCAGCUGAGACCCAACAGGCCUGAGGUUAAUUCAGCCAGGAAAGUGGGUGGGAAGGGCUGUGGGGCACCUGUCAAUUCGCCACCAUGAAUGUGGUCUUUGCUGUGAAGCAGUAUAUUUCCAAAAUGAUAGAGGACAGCGGGCCGGGCAUGAAGGUACUUCUCAUGGAUAAAGAAACGACUGGUAUAGUGAGUAUGGUCUACACACAGUCAGAGAUUCUUCAGAAGGAAGUAUACCUCUUCGAACGAAUUGAUUCUCAAAAUCGAGAGAUCAUGAAACACCUAAAAGCAAUUUGUUUCCUUCGACCCACAAAGGAGAAUGUGGAAUAUCUGAUCCAGGAGCUCCGAAGACCCAAGUACAGCAUAUAUUUUAUUUAUUUCAGUAAUGUGAUCAGCAAGAGUGACGUGAAGUCACUGGCUGAAGCUGACGAGCAGGAAGUUGUGGCUGAAGUUCAGGAAUUUUAUGGUGAUUACAUUGCGGUGAAUCCACAUUUGUUUUCUCUCAAUAUUUUGGGUUGCUGUCAGGGUCGAAAUUGGGAUCCAGCCCAGCUAUCAAGAACGACUCAAGGGCUGACAGCUCUCCUUUUGUCUCUGAAGAAGUGCCCCAUGAUUCGUUAUCAGCUUUCAUCAGAGGCUGCAAAGAGACUGGGAGAAUGUGUUAAGCAAGUGAUAAGUAAAGAGUACGAACUCUUUGAAUUCCGGCGGACAGAGGUUCCUCCGCUACUUCUCAUUCUGGAUCGCUGCGAUGACGCCAUUACCCCGCUGCUCAACCAGUGGACAUAUCAGGCCAUGGUCCAUGAACUACUGGGCAUAAACAACAACCGGAUUGAUCUUUCCAGAGUGCCAGGAAUCAGCAAAGACUUAAGAGAGGUGGUCCUGUCCGCUGAAAAUGAUGAAUUCUAUGCUAAUAACAUGUACCUGAACUUUGCCGAGAUUGGUAGCAAUAUAAAGAAUCUCAUGGAAGACUUCCAGAAGAAGAGACCAAAAGAGCAGCAAAAGCUGGAAUCCAUAGCAGACAUGAAGGCCUUUGUUGAAAAUUAUCCACAGUUCAAAAAGAUGUCUGGGACUGUCUCAAAGCACGUGACAGUGGUCGGGGAACUGUCUCGGUUGGUCAGUGAGCGGAAUCUGCUGGAGGUUUCAGAAGUUGAGCAAGAACUGGCCUGUCAGAAUGACCAUUCUAGUGCUCUUCAGACAUGCUAACAUGCUACGUAUAAAUGCUGUGAUGAGGAUGUAGAGGGAGAGAGAUAAAUAAGACACCGUCAUCUCCUCAGUGUGCUCACACUGUAAGAAGGAAGAAAGCAAUCUGAAAGAAUUGUGGGUUGCAGAGAUGGCUCAGGAGGUAAAGUAUUAAUGUUCAAGUAUGAGGUCUAAGUUCAGAUCACCAGCACCCACAUGAAAGGCUGGGUGUGGUGGGGUAUACUUGUAAGCCCUGCACUGGGAAACAGACAGACAAACAGAUCAUGGAUGAGGCUUAAUGGCCAGCCAGUCUACUCUGUUCUCUUCCUCUCUUCCUCUCUUUCACUCUUUCUCUCUUUCUCUCUUUCUUUCUCUCCCUCUCCCCCCCGCCCCCACACACACACCACACACUAAAGAGAGAGACAGGAAACCAGCCAGGUUGUGCUAUUGAAAGGAAGUUGAGCUUCAGUUUUAAAAAUGAUGGGAGUCACCAGAGGAUCUUAAGAGAAAUAUUAUAUAAUCAAAUCCUAACCUCAAGAAAUAUAUAUUCUGGUUGAACAGACAAAAAAACCACAAGAGAGAAAUUACAUAGUGUUUCUGGAUCCUGCUUAAGUCAGAACUGUGACUCUGACCAUAAAUAGACAAGGUUCUCUGGUUCCCUCCCUCAGAGAAGGCAGUGUUAGGAUGAGCUGCAAGGAAUGACUAGAAUCGGGAGGAGGAUUUCUGUCAGGAACAACAACAAAGCAAGGGCACAUUGGUAUGCAGGAAAUAAUAAACCGUGUGGCCCAUCGAGAGUGGGUGUGGAAGAGAAAUAGGAGGUAAAAUUGAGUUGCCGAGUAGGAAUUUCCUUAUGAACCAUGUCAGGGUAGUCUACUCACUGAGCUAGGCAGAGACCUGGGGUGGGUCUUAGAUGAAAGUCGGUGGUGCAAGGCAGGACUGUAGACGGAGCCUGUUCAGCAUGCAUCAGAGGGGAAAAGACUGAUGUCAGGGAGCCUGUAGACUCACAGCGACCAUAAUCGAUAGUUAGGGGCAAGCCUAGGAGUCAGGGAGCACAGAGGAGACAGUCAGUGACAAUGACACAUACAAGUGAGACAGGAAGAACAGGUCAGAGGUAACUCCAGGGUUCCCAAUAAAUGCCGGAAUGAUUCUGUCAAAAUGACAGAAAAUAAAAAUGACUCAUCUGUACCGGAUGCCAUUGAAGAACGAUAAUUUAGGAAUAAGUCCUUUGAGAGGUAAAGCCACUUACAAGAAUCACAUUCCUCUUUGAUAGGGCUCCAUAUUCUAAAACUUACCUUCUCUUCUUCUACCGAAUUCAGUAAGCCACCUAGGGACACUGGACACAGCCAGGCUGUGGGAUUAUACUGCCCUAGCUUUGGUGAAUAUCCUUUUCACCAACGUUUGGGAAAAGUUUGCCCAAGUGGCAGGAAUAGCAACCUCAAGUUUCUAUGUUGCAAUGAGGAUUUGAUGCGACACAUAGGAUGCUUGGUGACAUUGGUUCCUUACCGAAAGACAUUUUAUAUACAUUAGAAUCAAAUGGGAGCAGUGCAUGUGGGUGCUCCGGUCCACCACAGUUUUUAUUGGCAUCUACAAGUCUUGCUUUUAAGUUUUAAACAUUUAUUAGGAUUUUCUGAAAACACCAACAUUUUAAAAAUCAUAACAAUGCUGUUUGCUUUAUAUUUAUAUGAAGUGAUUCAUCAUCAUUUUAAUAUUGUCCAUGGCUCCCAAAUCUUUACAAAGAAUUCUGUUCUUGAGACUGGCAUUUCUUAAUUUGCAGGCAGAUUGUAAAUAUAGGUUGAACAAGGUGUACAGUAAAACCCGAGUCUGCUAACAAUGCCGUGUACCCUUACAGGUUCUCCCAAGCCAUGUGUGCACAUCUCUUGUAUGUUUGAGACAGGUUCUCACUAGAUAACCAUGGCUGGCCUGGAACUUGCUAUAUAGGCCGAGCCGGCCUUGAACUCACAAAGAUCCACUUGCUUCUGCCUCCCACAUGCUGGGUAUAUCUCUUUUUUAAUUCAAGUGGUACCAUACUCUACAGAGAGCUGCAUCUGUUUUCUCACUUAACCAUAUAUCUAAGACUGUUUCAGAUGAGAACCUUCAGUCUUAUGAUUUUAUUUUCUUAAUAAUUUGUUUAUUCUUUGACAAGAUCAUACUUGCAUAUAAUGAAUUUUACUCCCCUCUUUACCCUUUCAUCCUCCUCCUACCCUCACCAUUUCCUUUCUUCUUCCAGACAACCCCUCUCCCACUUUCAUGGCUUUUGUCCUGUUUUGCUGGGUUUAGUAAACCGCUAAAUUAAGUGUUCUUGCAUGAGCAUAGCUCAUGAGGUCUUCACUGGGGCUUGAGCAAUUUAGCAAUAGCUACACAACUGAAGAAAACGGCUCCCUACCCCCAACCUCCAGCAACCCUUAAUUACCAAUAGCUCCCCGAGGAAUGAUAAAGUCUCCUGAGAGCCCCUCUAUCCAAGGCGAAAUGCUAAAGGGCUCCAUCUUGAAUAGGUCUUGUGCAGUGUGUGUAUCUGUCUGUCUGUGUGUCUGUCUGUAUGUGUCUGUGUCCAUGUCUGAUGUGUCUGUGGGUGCACAUGCCACAGUAUGCAUGUGGAAAUCAGAGGACAAGUUUGUGGAGUUGGUUCUUUCCUACUUUUUCGUGGUUCCUUGGGAUCAAACUCAGGUCACCCGGCCUAUACAGCAAGUGCCUUUGCCUGACGAGUCACCUUGUCAGACCCCAGCUCUUACAUUCUUCCCACCCCUUCCAGUGUCCAGAGCUCUGAACCUUGAAGGGUGUUAGAGAUAUCUUCUUCAGGAGUAAGCACUCAACAGAUACUUAACUCGCAGCACUUUGACAGGUUGUGAGUCUUUGCAUUAGCCACCUUGGGGUUUAUUUUUAAUCACUGUAAGUUAUCUUUUGCAAAGAUAUAAAACAUUUAACUUAGCCAACUUACUUUAAAUAUUCCCAUCAGUAAUAGUUUAUCGUUGUUUUGUUAGCCUGUUAAAAGUAUCCCUGUGUUAUUUCAAUGAACUUGGUGUUCUGCCCCUUUCUAAAUAAAAACAAAAUUUUAUAUUUAACUAAAUUUAAAUUUACAUGUUUAGUGUAAGUUUAGUGGCUGACAUUUUCCUUCAUAAAGAUAGACUCAAAGUUAAUCACUAGUCAACUUUACUGUUUUUAUUUACAUCUCUUUGCCAUAUGGAAAUCAGUUAGAAAAGUUAUCACAAUCCUUUUUACAUGAAGCUUUAGUUUUGCUACUGUUUAAAAGAAAAGAUAAUGCAUACUUUAAAAAACUGUGAACUCCUGCCUAGGCAUGGCUGUAAGCUGUGAUCCCAGUACUCAGGAAUAUAAGGCAAAGGGAUUGCCAUGAGUUUGAGGCCAGCCUGGGCUAAGGAUGAGACCUUGUCUCAAAAACAAACAAAUGGAAAAGAACUCUAUGAUCUGAUCACUAUUUUGGGACCUAUAUUUUUAAGAUUUCUUGUGUAGGGUGUUAGUGUUUUACAGUCAGCGAUAGUUUGGGCUUUCCUGGCCACAAAGGAAUUCUUUGCAAUGUGAUUUAAAUAGUCCAUAAAGGGAACUGUUGUUUGAUAAUGAGUGGAUGCCAGGGCCCUGACUCCUAGAUGACUCGAUAUUAGAUAGAAUGUGCCAUGAAGAAAUGAGCUAAGGUUCUGAAUAGAAAUAGAAUUUGCUUUACUGAAUAGUAAGUGUACCAUGGCAAGAAAAAAAGCUCAUAUAUCCCAUUUAAAAAUUAAGUAUAAAUCCCUUCCACUUCUAACCAAUUAUAUACAAACUACCAGGAAUUUGAUGAGGAAGAAUGUCAUUAGAAACAAAGUGUAGUGUGCUAUCACUGAAGCACACGCAUGACCUCAGAGGGAGAGGUUGGAUUAGGGAUGAAGAUCUACAUGUUGUGAAGAGAAAUAUCUUCAGAAAGAAAGCAGUCCCCGCCUGCCCUGUGUUAUUACAGCAUUCUCUUCAUUGGAAGAAGGAGCUGGCCUGUUUACAGCUGUGCCCUGACUUUGGACAAAACCUCCACUCACACUGUUAGUGGCGUAUAGGGAAGUGAAGAGAAGAGUCCUGUCUGGAGCCUCGGAGAACUUGCGCCUUUAGUGACUUGAAUUUGGAAAUGGUUGUUACCUGCUCUAAACACCAGUACUUUGUCUCUAAAACUCGAGAAAAUACUAGUAUUAUUACAUAUAGGGACUAUCACCAGUAUGUGCUGUAAUACUUAAUAAUACUUGUUUUUUCUUUCA